UUCGGGCCGCUGCUCAGUUCUCACUGAUCUCUGUAAGCGUGUAGAAGUGCGUGCAGUGAGUUUUUUGUCGUGAAACAGUGAGCGACGUUACGCGGACGCUGCUAGGUCGCAAUCGUAAAGUUAAACCUUGAGCGUGCAAAAAGAACUGGUGAAAGCAAGUGUUGAGUUUCGAAACAAAGAGAAAACAGAAAAGUAAAUAUUUCCAAAACUCAGCCAACACUAGAAUAACCUAGUCGAAAAGAAGCAGUCAAAACUAAAGUAAGAGAAUCGUUCCAUCUGUAAUCACUUCUUGUGGCUGCUUGAUGCGUAAUUAUUGUGAGACAAAACAACACCAUCAUAUCGUUCCGCAAGCAGCGCGCUGUAAAUAGUGGUGCACAGAAAAUAUUGUGGUUUUGUAGUGUUUGGCCGUGACCAAUAAAUAGGAAAAAGCAGCAACCCCUACUGACGGCGUGUGUAAUCGUGCGUUUCUAGAAGCAGCACAAUUUUACCAGCUCUAAAAACCAGUAAACAUCAACAGCAGCUCCGUUUCGAGAGGAAGAAAAAUCGGAUUAAAAUAAAUCCAUUCCCCCUUCGAAGCGAGGCUGGCUGGCUGGCGUGUGUUGUUGUCUUCGGCUUUUCUGUGCUGCCUGCACAACAAGAGUGCGUUAAGAGUGUGUGCAACAGAAAUCUAAACCGCCGUGCCACCAAAUCUGGAAGGAAAGUGUGUGCAUGUAUAUAUAUAUGUAUGUGUUUGUGUAAUAAACCUUCACAGAGUUUCACGCGUGGUACGAAAAUUGUGCUGUGAAAAUAUAAAAGCGGCGACCAUCUUUUCGCUGAGCUGUAUUUUGUGCAAGUGAAAAGUCAGCCCACCCUCGCAGGGGUUUUCUCGUCCGUGGCCUGUAGUGGCGAGUGAAAAUCCUACCUAGAAAAUCGACACAUAAAUCUUUCCGUUGCCCGGUGCACUGAGUUUUGAUUCUUUCCGGAUUGCCAGCUGCUACUGCUUCCGUGCGACAAGAUCACCGAAAUUGCAAGUGAAGAGUGUGUGCGUAAAUGACGCAUUAAAGGUGUGUGGUGGGCUUGAAAAGAGUGACGCUUUACUGCGUUAGGCGCUCACCUUUAAAGCCUCAGUGUCAAACGGGCGGAGGAGGCCUGCGUGUCACGUGAAGUGUUUGCCGAAUUUUCACGCGGCCAAGCAAUGAGUGCAAGUGAACACAUUUCCACUGCAAAAGACAUCUCCAGGUGACCUGAGACGCAGAAAAAGAACGUGCUGCAAACUUGAACAUCGCCACAAAAGGGUCCGACGGAAUAUGGUCUUCGUGCUCGAAGCAUAAAUCAGCACACAGACACACACACUCACAUACGACCGUUUUUUCCUCCGUGACAGUGAAAUUGAAUCGAAGAAUUAGUUACAGUCAAACGCGGUGCGAAAUGCUGUGAACCCGGGCGAGAAUAUUUAUUGGCCAAUUCGCAUUCGACAAGCGGAAAUUGCAUUGUGAGAACGCGGGCUUUCCCAAGCACCACCAGAGCAACGCCGUCCUCUCCGGUUCGAUGGAUGAUUGCAUCUUUUAAGUGAUUUAAUUGUGAUUAGAAUCUAGCAAAGUGUGCGGUGAUUAAAGUGCAAAAAGGCGUUGGUGGUGCAUAUUGAUAAAUGGUACAGAGAGUAUAGCAGCAGCACGUACAGUCGGAUGCGCUGGCCCCAGCAGCCGGAGAGCGGAAAGUGAAAAUACCGGUGUGUGAAAAUUGUUUGCAGCCGUGUGCGAAUAUCGGUGUGCGUGUAUGUGCGUUGGUUCGUUUUGUGAAACCGGUCAAGCGUACGCGGGUGCUGUGUGAGUCAAAGGCAGAGUGUGGAAUCGAAAAGGUGUAGAAGAAGAGAAAAAAAACAGCCAGGACAGUGAUUUGUCCGUAACGUCACCCCGGUGGAAAGGGCGGAAAAAUCAAAUUUAAAAAAUUGAUCCUCCUAAAACCGAGGAGCGAGCCGGGCGAGAACCGUUCGUGUGGAAGAGAGUGAUUUGCUGCAGUCACUUCCGCCAGCUGUACGCCCGGGCAAUCGAUAUAUAGCGCCCGGAGUGUGUUACCUCGGUGCGAUUUUUGCGUCGUAAAUUCAGCUUCGACCGGAGAAAGCACCAGCUUUCGAACGAUCGAAAUCGUUCCGUGCACCGGAACACACACACACAGAUUUUCCUGCCUGACUCCGAUACCAAGACAAGACAGUUUCGCUCUCAGCAUGAACGGAUACAUUCGAGGCCAGGAGGCGUCAUUUAAGCAUCUUUCUUUCGCAACCGAUCUUUCGCGCGUUCGCGGAUCAAUCCUUGUGUUCUAGCUAUGUAAAUGCUGUGUGCCUUGCAGAGGCAUGUUGGGCUCUACUGCUAAUGGUCGUUUAAUGGGCCCUGGUGUUGGUUCAUCAACGUCAUCGUCGUCGUCGUCGUCCCUAUCUGCCGCUGCUGCACUGCAACAGCAGCAGUCGUCGCACACGUCGCAUCCGCAACACCAGCUCGGCCAUCACCCGUUUGCGGGCCUUCCGGCACACCACCAUCAUCCGUUGCAGCCGCAACAUCCUGCCCUUUCGUCCCAUCACCAUCAUCAUCAUCAUCAUCAUCGAAGCAUUUGGCCAUCGUUAGGUGCAGCAACUGGCCGAACUGCAUACGAGCUACAGACCGCAACCAAUGGCGAAGUGACCGAAUCACUUUUUGCCGCUGGAGGAUACAACACACCUCCUGCCAGCUCUCCAUUUCUGCCCUGCUCUCCGUUAGAGCUUGUGGCCAAAAACUUUCACAGUGCCGGAGCUGCCCUCUCGUUCAGUCAGGCAAACAGCAGCAUCUUCGUGCAGUCGCAGACCGAUUUCAUCAAUGGCAUCACGUCGGUCGCGAAGAAAACCGAAACCUGCAUCGGACGGUGGGAGCAUGGCACCAUAGAACCGCUGCAGAUACAGGUACCAUCGAACUCAUUUUUGCCACCGGCAGCCACUGGCAGCUUCGCACUCAACUCACCAGAGAGCGCCAGUUCCGGCGGGGACCCUUUUCUGGCCCGCGCCCGUGACAAGCUUCAGCCGUCGUACGGUGGGGCGUUCCAUGCCGACGAUCCGUACCUUCGCAGCUACUGCAUCGAGCGUGAGUACCACGAACGAUUGCUAGCGACGCUCGCGACGAGGGACGAUAGAACAUCGAACCCUCCUCAUCUGCCAGCUCGUACUCGUCACGCCGAGACGUUCGAUCGCUACGACUCGACGGCUCUGCUGAGUCCGACCUCGCCUCCUACCAUCACGUCACCGUACUGCGAGUACGGCAAGCGCAAGCAACACUCAAUCCCGCUCGAACGGUCGUCGGAGGUCGUGCGGUCGUCGACGAACGGUAUCGAUGCUCGAUCGCUGCCGCUCCUCCAUACGUCACACACUCCCCGGCAGCCGACUUCCGGACCGCAGCAGCGGCACCUCGAAGCUGCGCCAGCACCGCCGGAACUGUCCGGCAGUGCCCAGCAACCUGCCACCGCUGAUCGGCAGCAGCAGCAGCAGCAUCAGGAGCAGCAGAGCGAAGCAUCAAUCAAACCGGCCACAGUAACGCCACCGUCGUCACAACAGACGCACGAAUCGGCGCCAUCUAGUGAAGCUGUCAAUCAUAGACCACGGCGCCGUUGGGCAGCUCUGCAUUCGGCGCACGCCAGCAAAGCGAACGGGAGCGACUGCGUACCGACGCUAACCUCCGACCGUACAGCCGUCGGUGGGGAGUCAGCAGCGACGACUUCUAACGCUAGGUCCGGUGCCUCUUGCAGACCCAAGUCACCAGGACAGCAGUCCGAAGCGCUUCGGGCGGCACAGCGGCUUCCGAAGAAGCGACGCUCGAUCGUAUUCGAACGGACGGAGGAAUCUUCUACCGUUAGCCGUGACACGGACAGCAAGACCGUUGUUCACAUCAAGCGUGAACCGUGUCAGGUGUCGGAAGUCACCACAUCGAACAGUUACGAAGCGUCCAGCAACGCGACGGCCCUGAAUGCCAUCAUAAAACUCGAAGCAUCCUCCCCGAAGGCACUAACGGCGGCUGGCGGUAGUAGUAGUAGUAGCAGUAGUGCCAGCAGCAACCCGGCACCAGCUGCCCGGGCCCACCAUCACCAUCUCAGCCACAGUGCCAGCGCAAUCAUUAGCAACGUUACCGUGGGUGGCAGCACUGGUACCUCCGGUAGCGCGACACUCGGCACCGGCGGAGGUGCCAACGCCAGCUCGAGCGCCGUCGCCGCCACGAUGGAACAACUCGGGCUAGCGUCGGGCACCACCAGCAACACGCAGCAGCAUUCAACCACCCAACCACCCGGCACGACCACCAGCACCGCCUCAUCCGUCGCCUCCAUCCCUGUGGGCAUCGCGGUCGCCCGCCAACGGCUCCAAGAAAGUGCGACCACCCCGGCGUCCCAGCUGCACCCCACGAAAGAGCUGAAUCGGUACAGCGUAGGGCUGGCGGCGGCCGCUGCCGCUGCGGCUACCAAUGGUGGCUCGCUGAACGGCACUGUCGGUACAACGGCCGAUCUGGGCUGCGCAACGCCCGGACUGAGCCAAAACAUGUUUUUCACCGGCACCAACUCCACCAUGAUCCCCCUCGCGCCGGACACGGUCGCGAUGGGCGUGACCAAUGCGGCGGUGCAGAACGCCGUCCGCACACCACCCGCCCUCUGGCAGUAUCCUGCUCCCGUCCCCAUGGAAUCGAUGCUGCCCUUGCCGCCGAUACCGCCCGUCGGCUUGCAGCUGGUGCGGGAUCCCAGCACCGGCCAGAUUCUGUUCCUUCCCGCUGCAGCGACAAUCGCCAAUCCGUCAAACUUUCUAGAUAAAAUCUAUAUUUCUUGUAUAGAACCAUUCCAACAAGCGGUCGUGUGGCCCUCGUACCCGCAAUCGACCGCCUCGCAGCAUCUGCUCCUGCCGCAGCUUCCGCCGCCGCCGCAGCCGCAGCUCCAGCCACCACCGUUGGCUCCGCUGCAGAUGCUAAGCUCGGACUAUAUGAGCACGGCCAGCACAACGCUCCAUCAGCAGCACACACAAUCGCACCACAGCACCCGGUACCUUGCGCUGACGUCCGCUGAAUCGAGUGGCAAGCGAACGUCCUCCAGUGCCGGCGGCAAGCAAUCGCAAACGACGGGCAGCGCGGCCGGAUCGAGUGCCGGAUCGGGCAGCACCUGCGGCCAGCCCACGAUUCCCCUGCCCAUACCGGCACCGCACGCAUUUAUCAAGCUCGAAGACUGCUCCACCAGUGCCGGUAUCGCGGGUACGAUCGGUGGCGCUACGUCUGCUGCGUCCACGUCCCAUCUGGCCACCUCACUCUUCGGCACGCUGAGCGAGCUGGACAAAUCGAGCACAUCGGCCGGUUCGACGGCAGCGAGUGCGCUCACGAACGGGGCAGCCUCCCAUUCGCACCUCGCCCUGACGGCGACCAGCGAUCUGACGUCACAGCUGCUCUUUCAACCGGGCAGCUUAAUACACAUCGCGCCGCACCAUCCUUCCAAGCCGCCCGCACUGCUGGAAGCAGCGCCGGUCGGCGGGACGCUCGGUGCGGGCGUCACCAACCACACGCCGCCGCCUUCCGCUCUGUCCACGACGCUGCUGGCCGGCUUUAGCCACUCGGCGCACCAUAUUGCCACUAGCAGCCAUCCUCCGCCGUUGGUGCUGUCCGAGGUGCCGGCUACCACCACCUGUCUGACGCCUCCGCCCGAUACCACCACCACGACCAAUGCCACCAAUACCACCGGCACGCUGCAUGCGCAAACCAACGCGACGGACGGUGGUGCGGCGGAGGUAACGGAAGCGCCCGAAGUGCAGGACGCCAACAUACAGACGGACACGCCGAUCAUGAGCGAGGACGAGACGACGCAACCGCCAACCGGUGGUGCUGGUGGUGCCGAGUCGGAAACGACGGGCGGCCCCGAGACGGCCACCAUCAUGUCGACGGAUGCGACCCUGGCGGCCGCUUACCACGCGCUUGCAAGCGAACAAUCCCUGUGCCAUAGCACGCUCAUCAACAGCAGUGGCGAUUCGGCGAUCGAGCCGGACCUGUCCACGUCGGGCCUGUUGAACGCCACGUGCACCUCCAACUGUGAUCAGGUCGAGAUGGAGCUGGAGCCGGUUGGUCGGACAGGUGUAGCAGCACCGCCGGCGACGCCCCUUCCGCAGCCGCUGGCACCCAUCCAGCACGAGCCGGAAAACCUUUCCGUCGCUCCAGCGGCCAGCGGCCCGCAGCGAAGACUGACGAAGCUGGAGCUCCACUCGCCGACCGGGCCCGCGCAGGCGCGAAGUGAAAAGGAGCUAGCAGGCCGGUCGACUGGAGGAGGAGGAGCGCCCCUCACGCAGCAGGACCAUCCAGUGGACCUGAGCGGGCUGGAGCUUCUGUCCCACAGUAUCGAGGUGUUCCAGAAGAAGUCUUCACUCAUCAAGAAGGAACCGAUCUCACCGCAACUGCCACCAGAGCCGGCUUCCUCCCACCCAGUGCCAUCGUUACCCGCCGCCGCACCAGCACCGCCGGAGCUAGGGCAAGCGGCAGCAGCCUCCUGCCAGCUGACGACGCCACCGGUCGCUGCGGCGCCACCAGCCGUGCCGGAAGCGUUCUUGCGCACGGACGAGCCCAUGGGAGGGCUGAACCUGCUCUGUGCCCUCGCCGAGCAGCGCUUCCAGGAGGAGGGAAUGUUCAAGAAAGACUCACCCGCCACAUCCAGCAGCUCGGGCAGCAGCAGCGGCAGCAGCUACAGCAGCAACAUAUCGCCAAGCAGCUCCAGCAGCAGUACUGCGUCCCCGCCAGCAUCUCCGCCGAAUGCGGCAGGCGGUGCUAAACAAGCAGUGGGAAGCCAGCAGCAGCAGCAGCAGCAGGAGUACCCGGGCAUCAGUGUCGCACCGGCGCACCACGCCCUGGCCCUGCUGGCCGCAUCGGCCGGCGGCGUCGAGCAUGGCUCGCGCAAGCGCAAACACCACAAACAUUCCAAGGAUGGCAGUGGGAAGAAAUCGAGCAAAAAAUCGAAACACGACAAGGAGCUGCGGCGGGCGGAGAAGCGCCGCAAGCACAGCUCCGACGGCACGUCGCCCGACGCCGACGGUGCUGACCUGGACGCGGAGCUGAAGGAGAGCCUCACCCGCAUCAAGGCGAAGAUGAACCGGUGCAGCUGCAAGGACGCGGACGAGAAGGACCAUCGCUGCUGCCGGUCCCAGUGGCCGACCGCGAACGAGCUGUUCAGCGUGAUCGAGUCGGACAUGAAGGAGCGGCUGGAGCGGAUCACGCGCCAGUGCGAGGAGAAGAAGCGCGAGCUCGAGCAGAUGAGCACGGCGGCGGUGGCGAAGGUGAAGCCGCUGGCCAACAGCGGCAUGGUGCGCAUCCCCGAGAUGGGCAAGGCGUACUUUGGCGGGUUCGGCGCAAUGGCGGCGGCCGGCGGCGCCAUGCUGAACACGUUCGGGUCGGGCAGCACGUCUUCGGGUGCAGGCGGCGGCGGCGUGCCCGGGUCCGUGCUCGGUCACGGGCUGGGCGGGCCCAAGAUCAGCACCAUCCCGGCACUGUCGCCCAACUUUUCCUCCUCGUCCAACUCGACCACGUUCGUGGAGCUGCCGAAGCUCAGCUCGGACACGGACUCGAGCGGCAAGCGGGAGGACGACGACGCCUGCUCGAUGGAGCGGCUGUCCUACUCGAAGCGCAAGGGCGGCAUCCCGAAGAAGCACGACGAGCUGACGCUGACCGAGACGAUCGUGGCGAAGAAACCGAAGAGCCUGGUGGGCUACAUCCUCGCAUCGAAGAACACGCGCGAUAGUGGCGUGAAGGAUGCGGCGGCGACACAUCAAAAGCCGGAGAAGCAGCAUCACAACCACUGGAGCCACGUGUUGCAUCACAGUGGCCCGAACGGGGGAACCAUUGGGCUGGGACACGCGAAACAGCAGCAGCAGCAACAGCCCAACCCCCCUCACCACCAUCACAUCAGUGAGUCCAAGUUCAAAAAGUCGCCCAUCCAUUCGUCCAAGUUCGAGAGCGCCACAACCAGCGACGACACCAGCAACCUGUCGGACAGCUCGCUGAAGCCGCAGGUGAAGAUCCGCUCGCCCGCCGGCGGUGUGUUUGCGUUCGAGGACGAAAACAGCAAACCGUCCGAUGCGGCGUUCUCCAUCUUCGGCGGCAAGCCGUCCAUCUUCGACAAGGUGAAGACGGGUGCGGCCGGCGGCACCGUCAGUGCGCAGGUCAACCCGCUCGUCGGCCUGAAGGUGUCCCCGGUGAAAGCGGCCGUCGUGACGCCGCUAAUGAAACCGCAGCCGCAUCUGAUUGCUGCCAACGGCGGCACCAACGGCACGCUGGUCGGUGGGCCACCACCGAUCGUGAAGCGCAAAAAGUCGCGCAGCAAGGACCGCAAACGGCGCAGCUCGGAGAAGAAGCGCAUCGAUCAGCGCUGCCUGCUGACGAGCGAGCACCUGGGCAAGGACAAAACGCGCGUACUGACCGCGAUGGGAGGGCUGUUCUAUGCCGGGUGUCUGAGUGCGGUGCAGCCGCCCGACAUUUACGCAGUGACGCUGGACGGCGAGCGUGGCAAUCGGCCGCACAUCAUGUCCCGGGAGGAGGUGCUGCGUGAUGCGAUCCUGGAAGUAGCGCCCAAGUCGGUGGACGACAUCAUUCCCGGAACGCGGCUCUGCGCCUACUGGAGCCAGCAGUAUCGCUGCUUGUACCCGGGCGUGGCAGCCGAACCGGCCUCGCCCGAUCCGGAGAAACGCUUCGUGAACGUCGAGUUCGAUGACGGGGACAAUGGCAAGAUCGCCCUCGAGGACAUUCGCUUCCUGAUGAGCGACUACCCGAUAGUCGAAUACGAUCCCAAUCCUCUUUUAUCGCUAGGCAAGCGUAAGCGCCAACCGAGCCAUUCCGAACCGUGCCCCCAGCUCGGAACGCUCGGGCCAGCCUCGAUGGUGCCGCAACAGCAACAGCAACAACAGCAGCAGCAACAGCAGCAACAGCACCAGCCACAGCAACAGACCAUCGUCGGUCAUCCACCAGUGCCACAUAUCCAACCGUCGUCCGGCACGCCGCUGACGGCCACCGUUACACCGAUGAUCUCCUCACCGCUCGGUACCGGCGGCUCGUCCAUCAACAGCUUCGCGCUGACGACGGAACGGGCCGAAAAGCGGCUGCAUGGUGAGGCGUACCGGGAAGAGCGCCGCCGGCUGAAGAAGAUACGCAAAGACAAGCUGCGUCGUCUGGCGGCGAACAAUGCGGAACUGGCGGCGGCCGGUGGAACCACCACCACCACCGUGCACAAGCACAAAAAGUCCAAAUCGAAGUGCUACGACGAGUUCUGCAAGCAUCGGAAGCACAAAAAGCGACGAAAGCACAAGAAGCACCACCGGGACGCGGUGCUGGUGGCACCGUCCUCGCCCGAGGAGGGUGCCACCGUCGAGGCCGGCUCCGGCUCGAUGGACGACGACAUCUCGCAGGGCGACAGUGCGUCCCAGACGGCCGGCCAGUUUAGCCCGCGGCCGGCAGUGCAGCGGGCCGAGGGCAGUGUCGUCGCCCGCACGCCGGCGGCCGAGAAGGACGGCACGCUGACGGAGGAGGAGGUCAGCUCGUCCGUCACCGAAAGCUCCGGAUCGUAUUAUCAACCGCAGCAGAAGAAAGGCUCGGCGACGGAGCGGAAACCGUGCACCGAACAAAAUGGCAGCAAAAUCGCUGCCUUCCUGCCCGCCCGUCAGCUGUGGGCCUGGUGCGGCAAGGGCUACCGGCGGUCGACCGGUCGCGUCAAGAAGCAGUUCUACAAAUCCAUCCAACGGGGCAAGGAAACGAUUUCGGUGGGCGACUCGGCCGUAUUCCUCUCGACGGGGCGGCCCGACCGGCCCUACAUCGGGCACAUUGAAUCGAUGUGGGAAACGUCCACCAACAACAUGGUGGUGCGCGUCAAGUGGUUCUACCAUCCCGAGGAGACGCAGGACUGCCCCAACCUGAAGUACCCGGGCGCUCUGUUUCAGUCGCCACACGAGGACGAAAACGACGUGCAGACGAUCUCGCACAAGUGUGAGGUGCUGGGCCUGCGGGAGUACACCGCCAAGUUCGGUGCCGAUCCGAAGCAGUACACCGCGAUCUACGACAACAACGACACGUACUAUCUGGCCGGCUAUUACGAUCCGACGGUGAGGACAAUCAAAAUGCAGCCCGAAAUCGAAGUGUUGCCGCCAAACGAAAGGUGGGUAACGACGACGUCGACAACGGCGGCGGCGGCGGCGGCUGCUUCCAUGACGCCGAGCGCGUCAACUGCAGGGCUAGCAACAUCCAAGUCACCGCCUAACAACAACGGCAGCAGCAGCAGCAGCAACGGCAACGGCAACAACACCAAAGCAAGCAAUCACGUUGUCCACAGUGUUGUUUCUGCUUGAACAGUGCUCAUCCCCGCGCACAUCCGGCGUUGUGUAAAUCAGUGCUAACACACUGGGAGAGAGUGAGAGGGAGUGAAAGAGAGAAAAAGAGAGAGUGAAAUCAUGUACAUUAAUGCUCUACAAGAGCAGGCAGCAACAGAGAAAAUGCAAAACAGAGAAACGGAAAUGCAACAAACGCUAAACCAUACAAAUCAAUCCUAGAGCCAGUCACUUUACAAAAGUGUCCAUAAGUCCGCGUGUAGCUUAAGAGGUGUUAGAGUAGGAGGUAGAGUUAGAUCAUCGCACCAACUCGUGGCAUAUCGCUCCGAGAAGCGUGCACUCUGUAUAUCGAUGUAUGUACAAUAUUUCGCGUAGUUUUAAGCCGUAUAGGCUAAUUAAGUCUAGGCCAUAGGGCAUUAGGUUGGGCCGCGGGAUGCGAUGAUGGACUGGGAAGCAGGACUCGGUCGUCGUCGUCGUAGUUGGCCGCGUAUUUUUGUGGCAAUUAUUUAUUCAUUAACAAAACUUCCUGUCCGGUGUGCCACGUCCGGUGUGCUUGUGUUGUGAUCGUUAGAAGGAUGUAAAUAGAGUUAACACGGAGAGAGAGACAGCAUACAUCCCGCUCUGGGAGAUCUUCUUUACAGCAUACACACACAUACACAUAUAUCAAUGAAGGUAGCGUUUGAGUGUCUAUUUAGUAAUCGUCCCCAAGAAACGGGUUAACCGGUGCAGAAGCGAUACGAUGGCAACGACUGAAUCACAUGACGCAGUAACCGUUGGAAAUGGAAAUUUAAAAAAAUAAAACCCACACACCCAAACAACACACAUCUGCAUACACAAUCGGGGCGCAUUAGGUCGCGAUUGAAGGUGAACUACAGUGGAGAAGAGGUAGAGAUAGAGAGAGUGUGUGUGUCCAGCAAAGAUGGGUAUAUUUUUCUACACAUUGCAAGCAGCAUAUUUAUAUACAGCUUAACAUUUUACGGUGACACGACGCCUCUCUCGUGAUGGAGAUUUAUCGGGUGAUAUGUACGUUUUGUGUUUUGUGUGAUACGGCGCAAGAAGGGCGGAGGAAUGGGGAGUCAAUGGAUGUGAUUUUGUGUUCUUCGUGUCCGGACAUACCACACACAUACACACACACACAGACACACGUUUUCGGCUUCGACAUAUUUUUGGAUGAAAGACAAAUAAAGGAAAAAGAUAAAAUUAUCAUGAAAUUAAAAAAAAAGUAACACAAGUUUUCGGAAGAGCUUUUUUGGAGAAAUUGACAAUUACCUCUGCUAUACAAGUUUAUAACAAAACAGAAACAAAAAGUUAAGAAAAAAGACAUGACAAACUUUUAGAAAAGAAACAACAACUACAACAACAAAAAAGAAGAAACAUUAACCUUAAAGAAUGUUUAAAACUCGUUGAACAGAUUAAUAUAAACGAUGAAAAAAAGAAAGUAACAAGCAAAAUUGAUACCACCAAAAACCAGUUCGGAAGCAGCAGUAUAGAGUGAAGAGAUGAAUUAAAUUUGUUUGCCAUGCCAUGGCUAUUGAUUGCUAAAUGCAAAGUGCAAUAAAAGUAAGGAGAGGCCCGUGUGUAGCAAUGGAAUCGAGAUGAAGAAGUAUUGCAAUCAGUCAAAAAAUGACAUCGUUAAUAAGCCCAAUAGAGAUCAGAAAUCGUUAACCGUUACAAAUUGGACAAGAAAAAAAGAACAAAAAAGGGAAACUACAGUACGAAGCACGAUUUUCAUUUUCCCUCCCGAGAGAUCACGCGUGUGACGCCCAUAGCAUAAAAUAGACACAGCAAAUAAUUCCACCAUUCUCUACAAUAGUUUAGCGACGCUCUAUCAUUAAUCACAACUAUAGAUGUUGUUAACAAGCAAACAGAAGAAGAAGAAGAAGAAAAACACUCUCAAGCAAAUCCUUAUUCGUAACAAAUCGGUUCCUAAAAAGGCAGACACUGUCUCCGUAAGGAGUUUCCGCGGGAGAUGUACGUAAGCAUUGUUCAACGGCACGAGCCGAGAAGCGCGUCGCUGUUGAAUAUGUUGAAUUUGUAUAUAAGUUUCUGUACAUUAGCAACUGUUUUUUUUUUUUCUAAACCUUUCUUACCUUUCACUACUCUGUGCAUUAUGUAGUAAGUGUAAAUAUUUCACCAACCCGAACGUCAAGCCCACAAGGGAGCGCAUCGGGACUAAUUCUCUAAGAUGCAGCCAUCUGUGUCAUGUGUAAACACCCCACUGAUGCCCAAACAGGUGCACAGUGCAUAUCGUUUAAAACACCGAUCACGAGCUUUCCUUUCGAGUAUAAGAAGUUGAUUCAAAAUGCGGCUCUAUUCAGUAUGCGCCAAACCGGCAGCAGCUCCCUGUUUAGUGCAACCACCACCACCACCACUGGGCUGUAGUGUGGUAGGGGUGGACUUCUGUUUUUUUGUAACAUAUUAGUUGUGAAGAACAAGCAAACAAACAAGCAAACAAACGAGCAAAAGCGACAGUUAGUUGGGAAGCUAGCUACCAUGAGAGGAAAAGCAACAAGGCGACCACGUGUCGUGUCGUGUCUGAUCAACGUUCGAUUAGAUGUAACGUCUUUCGCGAAACAUGCAAUAAGAUUUUUUAUUCUACAAAAAUGAA